AUGGAACAAGUACUCAGAAAACUUGCGAAGGAGUAUCAAGAUCUGAACGGCGCCGAGUUCACGCGCAUCGAAGGCCGUUAUAUCCAAGACUCUGACUGGCCAAGAUGGCAGCACAUCGGCAGGCCAGUCCUGAUCGACGACUACUUCACGUUUGGAGAAGAUGAGGGAUGGACAGAUGCCUGGCUGAGAGAAGUGUUUGGGUCUAUCCCGCUGUCUAUUGCGGUGACUCCAGAUGGAGCGGCAGACGCGCUGAAGGAACAUUCCGAUGGCCGAACGUACUUCGUAGAGCCGUUGACGGAGCAACAAGAUAUCACCUCUUUCCUCGCUUCAUUUGGUCAAGACGAUGCCACACAUCAGGAAGUCCGUUAUCUCCAAUCUCAGAACGGGAACAUCUACAAUUCGAGCAUCCCCAUAACCGAGCUGCACGCCUUACGACAACAUAUCCCAUUACAUGUGCCGUUCGUACAUCACUCGCUAGGUGUUGAGCCCGACGCUGUCAACCUCUGGAUUGGAGAUAAGCGCAGCGUCACCAGCCUUCACAGCGAUCCCUACGAAAACAUCUACCACGUCAUCCGAGGAGUGAAACAUUUUACCCUCUUCCCUCCAACAGAGACAUGCUUCUUUCCCGAUCACGAGUACCCGCAUGCGACCUAUACGCGAACUGAGGCCGGUCUCCAGCUCACCCCGUCCGACCCAGCACAGCACCCACCAGUCCGCUGGCUCUCCUUCGAUCCCGACAAUCCCCCAGAAGGCACUCGGCCUCUAUUUAUAACGGUGCGCGGGGGGCAAACCCUCUACCUCCCAGCAGGGUGGAACCAUCAUGUGCGCCAGGCCGGCCUUGGGGAGCAAGGGCAAGGGGUGUGUGUGGCGUUGAAUUGGUGGUAUGAUGUGCAGAUGGAGGGGAUGACUUGGGUUUGGCUCGCUUUCUUGAGGAAGGGAAUAAGGUACUUGGAGAAUGAGGAAGAGGGACGUCGCGAUUAA